AUGCAUGAUCUCAUUCAUGACUUAGCAACUCAUGUUGCUGGAGACUUCUACUUUCGGUUAGAGAAGAAUGGAAACAAAGUUGAUAAGAAGACACGCCAUUUGUCAUGCAACUAUCAGAAUUAUGCAUGCUUGGACCAUGAGUUUUUCAAAAAAAUAAAAUCCUUACGAACAUUUAUAGGAUUGGAAUUUUUCAAUAUCCCCAAGUCUGUUGGAAAUGCUCCUCAUAGUCUACCAUCAAAUAUGAAGUGCUUGCGAAUGUUGUCAUUUCGAGGUUCGCAUGCAUCAAGGGUAGUGCUUGAUUCUAUAGGGGAAUUCAUCCAUUUGCGCUAUUUGGAUAUUUCAGGCACAAGUAUUGAAAGUUUGCCAGGUUCAACAUGUAAGAUGUAUAAUUUACAGACGUUGAUGUUGCUUGGAUGUUGGUUUCUUAAGAUGCUGCCAGAUGAGAUGCAAGAUCUUGUAAAUCUAUGCCAUUUGGAUCUGUCCUUUUCAGGCAGGAUUGUAAGUUUGCCUAACUCAUUGUGCAAAUUAUACAAUCUACAAACAUUGAAGUUACAAAAUUGUCGGAGUCUGCAGAUGUUGCCAAGUGAUACACAAGAUCUUGUAAAGUUGCGGCAUCUUGAUGUUAGAAACACUGGUUUGAAAGAAAUGCCGAGGGGAUUGGGCAAGUUAAAAAAAUUGCAAUUUUUGAGUGACUUUGUUGUUGGAAAAGAGCAGGGGAUCAAUAUUGGAGAAUUGGGAGCCAUGACCAAUUUAAAGGGUUUGGUUGUAAUUAAUAAAUUAGAGAAUGUCAAGAAUGGAAAUGAAGCCUAUGAAGCGAGGAUGACAGAGAAGAAGCACAUUAAGGAUCUAACAUUAUCAUGGUCAAAGGAUGACGGCGUGGACGAUACAGCAAGAGAGAGAGAUAUUUUGGACAAGCUUCAGCCUCAUUGGGAUUUAGAAGGAUUAGAAAUUGAGAGGUAUAGGGGCACAACAUUUUCGGAUUGGUUGGGGAGUCCUUGCUACCACAACGUGACUUGGUUGCGACUGGAUAAUUGCAAAAACUGUUGCAUGCUUCCCCCCCUUGGGCAGCUCCCGGCUCUAAGGAGAUUAUAUAUUGAAGGAUUAGAAAGUAUUGAGAAGAUUGGUGAAGAGUUUUUGAAGGCCAAUGAAUGUGCUCCCAUGAUACCUUUUCCGUCUCUUGAAUGUCUUGAGUUUAGAAGGAUGACUUCGUGGAAAGAAUGGCAUUCCAUUGACACGGAAGCUUUCCCUAAACUCCAACAACUCACAAUAAGUGGCUGUUCUGAACUAGUUAGAAAUUUGCCCAGCCAAUUGCUUUCUCUGAAAUCUCUAGGGAUUUAUUGGUGUCCAUUGCUAGCUUUUUGUAUCCCGAGGUGUCCCGAAAUUCAGGAUUUAUGGAUACGUGGAUGUGGAAAUAUGGGGUGGCUAGAGAAAGAGUUACCUCCUUCCCUUAGGAGGCUAGAAAUCACAAGAUGUCGGAUGUUGGAAUCACUGUUGGAGGCACUCUCUAACCAUUUGCAUCUUCAACGAUUAAUUAUUGGGGAAUGCUCUGAUACAUCACCUCUUAUGAUUCAUUUGCCACCAUCAUUACAGCGGUUAGAGAUAGACAAGUGUCAGAAUGUUGAUUUUGUGUUGAGUUCAACUGCUCCUCUACAAAAUCUCCAAUCUAUAACUAUUGGGUUGGGGUGUAAUAUUGUGAAGUUUAUGUCGGAUGACAUGGAAGGUCUUCUCCCAAAUUUAAAAGAGCUACAUAUUGAUUGGUGUGCAGAGAUGGAAGCAUUUCCAGAGGGGAUCCUUGUGCCAAGCUUGAGGGAACUUCAUAUUGUAGGGUGUGACAAGCUAUUAUCCCAUCAAGCAGAGUGGCACCUCCUAACUAAUAUUACUUACCUUCUUAUUCGUGGUUCAAAUGUCAAGUGA